UUGUUAUCGAUGUUACUGUCAUUUAUAGGCUAAAACAUAAAACGUGUAUAAUUUGUAAACAUGAGACAAUUUUCAAUAAAUAUCUGAAUUGUUUAAAACUUAGUUUGGAUUACUACUCGCUCUCUGCCACGACGUCAUUUCGUAACAACAGUGGUAAAGUAAUUGCUUAAUUGACGUCGUAAUGGACAGCAAGUACCGUCGCAAUGGUCGUCUCAUCGAUAUAGUAGACGAGGAAUGGAAAGCCGAGCAGUUGCCUGAUGAGGACAUUCAGGUUCCCUUAGAAGAACUACCUGACCCAGAAGCUGAUAGUGCUGAUUCACAUCUCACUCUGAAAGAGCAGAGUAUGCGGUGGCAGGAGAACUUUCCGGAGCCCGCAGCUAGUAGUAAUUAAACCUAGGAACAAAUUAAUGUAAGGGAGCAACUUCCAAAAUAUCUGCAUGGAACAGUUAAAAUGUUAACAACAAGAUGUGUAAUUAGGGAGACAGAACUGAUUGCUAA